UUUAAAUUUGCUCCACUAUCUCUCACUACUUCAAUCCAAUUCUUCUUUUCACACGUAGUAUCUAUUACUACUACUCUCUUGUCCAGUUAUUGCAUCUUUAAAUCUCUUACCAACCCUUCUCAACCGUCACAUACACAUACACUAUAAAGGAAACACAAAUUAAAUUCCAAUUCCCAAAAGAUGGGGAAUUCCUUUCAUUCUUUGUUUCUCUGUUUCUUCAUCUUCUUCUUCAGCUUUGGAUUCUCCUCCUCAGAGGCUCAAAAAAAGGCCCCGGCUGUUUAUGUGUUUGGAGACUCACUUGUUGAUGUUGGCAACAACAAUUACUUGAGUCUUUCCCUUGCAAAGGCAAUUCUUCCUUACUAUGGAAUUGAUUUUCCAACUAAGAAACCCACUGGCAGGUUCAGCAAUGGAAAGAAUGCUGCAGAUUUAAUUGCUGAAAAAGUGGGCCUUCCCACAUCACCAGCUUACCUGUCCCUAGUGUUAAAGGCCAACCACCACAAGAACGUAUCCUACUUGGAAGGGGUUAACUUUGCCUCUGGAGGUGCUGGAAUUUUUGACGGCACAGAUGAUACUUCUAAGCAAUCAAUACCGUUGACAAAGCAAGUGGACUUCUAUUCAAAAGUGCAUGAACAAUUGACACAACAGAUAGGAGCAUCUACUCUUCAGAAACGCCUCUCAAAAUCCAUCUUCCUUGUUGUGAUUGGUAGCAACGAUAUCUUUGGUUAUUUUGGCUCAAAUGUAACUCAAAACAAAAGCACUCCACAACAGUUUGCGGAUUCCAUGGCUUCCUCACUAAAAGUGCACCUACAGAGAUUAUACAACAACGGUGCAAGGAAAUUUGAGAUUGUUGGUGUAGCUGCACUUGGAUGCUGCCCCGCAUACAGGGCCAAGAACAAGAAAACAGAAUGCUUUUCAGAAGCCAAUUUGUUAGCGGCUAAAUAUGAUGAAGUCCUUCAAUCCAUGUUAAAGGAAUGGCAAUCAGAGAAGAAGGACUUGAGUUACUCCUACUUCGAUACCUAUGCUGCCCUCCAAGAUCUCAUCCAGAGUCCAUCUUCUUACGGAUUUGCAAAUGUGAAAGGUGCUUGUUGUGGACUUGGUGAGCUGAAUGCCCAGAUUCCAUGCCUUCCAAUUUCAAAUAUUUGUUCGAACAGAAAAGACCAUGUCUUCUGGGAUGCAGUCCAUCCUUCCGAGGCAGCCAUUCGCAUUGUUGUGGAUAGACUUUUUAGUGGACAUCCAAAAUACACAUCUCCUAUCAACAUGGAACAGCUCCUAGCUAUUUGAAUUUCAACAAACAACGAUGAAUCAAUUGGUCAUUUUCAAAUUCUUAGCACAACUAGGUUGUGUUUGGUUAGAGUAGAGAGUAUAAGAAGAAGAGAAAAUAGAAGGUGGUGAGAAAAAAUAGUGGAUUUUUAAGAUGAUUAGUAUAAGAGAAAUAAGAGAGAAAAUGAAGAGAAAUCAUGUGGUAGAUGGUCUUUUGUUUAGUUUUGUUGAAUAGAAAGCAAUAAUAGAAAAUAUUAAUAUUUUUAUGUAAAAUUAAAUUUGUCCUUGAUAUUAAAUAUUUAAAAAUAAUGGUAAAUAAAUUGUUGGAGUUAGAGAAGUAUAAAA